AACACUGUAAUUGCACGCUGUUUUUGUUUUCAUUUGAUAAACUAAGUGGCUGCUUAAAAACAUCAUGAAAAUAUCACGUUUCAAGAAGUCACACAAAACUCUGGUGUUUUUUGCCACCAAUUUCGACUACCGGGAACCCUACCAAGUGCUGAUUGAUGCCACCUUCUGCCAGGCAGCCCUGCAGCAAAAAAUUGGCAUAGAUGAGCAGAUAAAGAAGUACUUCCAGUGCGGCGUUAAGCUACUGACCACCCAGUGUGUUAUCCUGGAGGCGGAGUCCCUGGGAGCUCCUCUCACUGGAGCCACGUCCAUCGUCAAGCGAUUCCAUGUCCAUAAAUGCGGACACGAGGGAAAACCAGUUCCCGCUUCCGAAUGCAUCAAGUCGAUGACCAAGGACAAUCGCUAUGUGGUCGCCUCGCAGGAUCGUCUGCUGCAGGAGAGUCUGCGCAAGAUCCCCGGACGUUGUCUACUCUAUCUGCACAAAGCCACUCCCGUUUUGGAGGCACCAUCGAAAGCCUCCAAGAAGUGGGUGCUGCGACGGGCCAAAAACCUAAUGCUGGGCAAACAGGUCGAGAAAAUCGACUACAUGAAGGAGAAGCAGGGACUGAAGCCAGCUGAGACUGCAGUCAAACCCAAGAAGCACAAAGGUCCCAAGAACCCCAAUCCACUAUCCUGCAAGAAGAGUAAAAAGGACAAGGCGAAGCCACAACUGAAGGGAGUUGAGCAGACUGCAAUAACCAAGGCAAAACGAAAACGGGUCAAGAUUCCCGCGCACGUCAAGGCAGCGUUAGGAAAAGAUUAGAUUAAGUCGGUUGAUCAAGUAGAUAAAUAUAAGAUAAUGCAAGCUAAUCUGCAGUCUGCAGUCUUGGCAAAUCAUUUGAAUGUAAAUGUGGGCGGAGUUGCUUUAACCAGCCACCUGAAUUGCAGAGCAAUGUAUGCAGCUGAA